AUGGUCCUGCUGAUUCUUCUUCUGCUCUUGCCCAACCUGACUUGUGGGGUGCUGAAGGCUAAAUGCCCCUUGAAUUUGAAGCCAGAGGAAGUAAAGUCACUGAAUCACUACAGACCAGGAGACCACCUCAUCAGCGGGAUCACUUCUUCCACAGUUGCUCAAUUUGUUCAAUACCAGUUCAACAAGACUCCUUCUGCUAAAUUUUUUGAAAAAGGCUCCACACAGCACUGGAAAUUCCUGUCCUUCCUUUUUGCCAUUGAGGAGAUUAACCAGAAUCCCCACCUCUUACCCAACGUCACCCUGGGCUACAAUAUUUAUGACAACCAUUUCACCCCAAAAGUGACUUCAGAGAUUCUGCUGGACCUGCUUUCAAAGGGAGAGGCAAAUGUUCCAAAUUACAGCUGCGGAAAGCAGAGAAACACCCUGGCGAUCCUUGAAGGAGUUGAUACAGCCAUGUCCAUCCAUGUCUCAAAUUUGCUGAACACCUACAAGAUCCCACAGGUGAGUUACACUUUUCCUUCCCAGGUUUUGAGUGACAGAAAACGAUUCCCUUUUUUUUACUCAACUUUCCCCACAGAAACAAACGAGUAUCUAGGGAUCAUCAAACUACUGCAGUGUUUCAAAUGGACCUUGGUGGGACUUGUUGUUACAGAUACCGAAAAUGGAGAGAAAUUCAUGAGUCACUUCACACCCAUGCUUGACCAGAAUGGUAUUUGUGUUGUUUUCUCACAAAGCAUUUCAAUGGGUUUUAUUCAUAAGGACAUGCGUGUCGGUCUUUUCAACAAAUGGAGCCAAGUCAACGUCUUUCUUUACUAUGCCGAGGCUUCAACCUUUGCACAUGGAUUAAUAGGUGCACAGCGGUUACUGACUCUUACAGGGAGAUCUACUGUGGGGAAAGUUUGGAUCACAACAGCUUUCUGGGACUUCACCUUGCCAUUGUCAUAUACUGUUUCGCCUUCCAGAAAAUACAUCUAUAGUAUUUUUUCUUUCUUUAGUCGCACAAAUGAAAAGAAAAGUUACGAUGAUUUCCCCCACGUUUACUCUCUUAUUAAGAAAUUUGUAGCUCUAGAAUUUUCAUGUUCCUAUUUGAAGCAUGCCCUGUCUGUGAAAGGCUGGAUAAGGUGCAGAGAGAGAGAAAAACGGAGGAGUGUGUCUCAAGAGCUACGGGAAAGGAUUCUGUCCCUGGACGGCUACCACAUUUACCACACCGUCUGGACCGUAGCGCAUGCUUUACAUGCGGCCUAUUCUCUCCGAUCCCAGAGAAGGGCAACAAGGAAUGGAAACAGGUCCGGAGUUCAGAGAGUGCGGCCUUGGCAGCUUCACCCUUUCCUGAGCAUCUCCCAGUAUUACAAUAAUUCCAUAGAGGGAGUAUAUGUGGAUGAGAAAGGUGACCUGGCAGCUGACUCUGACAUCAUGUACUGGGUGAAGUUUCCCAAUCAGUCUGUUAUCAAAGUGAAUGUUGGGAGUCUGGAAAGAGAGGGAUGCUCAGAAGCCAAAUUCAGGCUCACAAUGGACCAGGAUGCAAUCAUGAGGGCCACACAGGUCAACAAGCCCCUGCCACGUUCUUGGUGUGUGGAUAGUUGCCUGCCCGGAUUUGUCAGGCUGGUUGAUGAAAAGAAGCCACGUUGCUGUUACAGUUGUGUUCCUUGUGCAGAAGGGACCAUUUCCACUCAGGAAGACGCUGACCACUGUUCCAAAUGCCCCGAGGACCAGCAACCCAACAAGGGCCGAGAUCAGUGUGUUCCUAAAGUGAUAACCUGCCUAUUCUACACAGAAGAUCUGGGGAUCGUCCUUACUUCCUUCGCUCUACUUUUGUCUUCGAGCACUGGCUUUGUUUUAAGCAUCUUUGUUAAGCACCUGGAAACUCCAGUAGUCAAGGCCAACAACCGGGACCUGUCCUACGUGCUCCUCAUUUCCCUCCUGCUUUCCUUCUUGUCUUCCUUCCUCUUCAUUGGCCAGCCAAGGAGAGCCACCUGCCUUCUACGACAAGCAGCCUUCAGCAUCAUUUUCUCCGUGGCCGUCUCUUCUCUCUUGGCCAAAACCAUCAUGGUGGUGCUGGCCUUCUUGGCCACCAAGCCAGGCAAUAGUGUGAGGAGAUGGCUGGGGAAGCCUUUGGGCAACUCCAUUGUCCUUUCUUGCUCUGCUGUGCAAGUUACGAUCUGUGCUCUCUGGUUGGGCACCGCUCCCCCGUUCCCUGACUUGGAUAUGCAUUCCCAGGCUGGGGAGAUUGUCCUGCAGUGCAACGAAGGCUCAGUCGCCAUGUUCUACACUGCCCUCGGCUACAUGGGCUUCCUGGCAGCCGUCUGCUUGGCGGUGGCUUUCCUGGCACGGAGGCUGCCUGGGGCCUUCAAUGAAGCCAAGCUGAUCACCUUCAGCAUGCUGGUCUUCUGCAGCGUUUGGGUCUCCUUCGUGCCCACCUACCUGAGCACCAAGGGCAAAUACAUGGUGGCCGUGCAGGUCUUCUCCAUCUUGGCCUCCAGUGCUGGGCUGCUGAGCUGCCUCUUUGUCCCCAAGUGCUACAUCAUUUUGUUCAGGCCUGAGCUGAAUACAAAACAGCAACUCACUCUGAAAAGCAGAACAGAAAUGUCAUUUUAAACCAGCACCACUUAACAAGCACCAUUUGCUUAUCUCUGUUCCCCAAAACAAAUGUUUAGAUUAAAUGUGGUAAUUUCUUAGGGAAAGCUAUUCUAUCUCUUUUAUACUUCCAUUCUUACUAAAUUUGCUUAAAUCUAUCUCUUCUUUUCAAGGUAUGAUAGAAUGGGACCAUCACUCUUUUACAAAGGAAAAGAAAGAUUUCAAACAGAUUAAUGAA